AUGUUUAUUACCCAAACUAAACUAUCCCCGGUUCUCUACUUGAUAUGUAGCUUCUGUCUGUUGGGUUAUUCAGCUGCAGCACCACCCACUAGAGCAGACAGGACACUCGUCGGCCAGCCAAUCGGAAAUGGGAACCCAAUCCCCUUGCGAAUUCUCCCGCUCGGCGACUCAAUCACAUGGGGAACCCUAAGCACUGAUGGCAACGGAUACCGCCAGGAUCUCCUAGACUUGCUUUCCGGAACUCCAGUUCAAUACAUCGGCUCCCAGCGCUCCGGAAACAUGACAAAUAACUUCAACGAAGGCCAUCCAGGAGCGACCAUCAGCCAAAUCACUGGCUUUGCAAACCAAAGUCUACCACAAAGACCGAAUCUCAUCUUGCUGAUGGCGGGUACCAACGAUAUGAUCAAGGAUGUCGACCCAGUGGACGCCCCACAGAGACUUGGCAAUUUACUCGAUGAGUGUUUGGCGGCUUGUCCAGACGCUGUUCUCAUCAGCGCUCAAUUGACGCCCACCACAAACGCAACGGCAACAGCCUUUAUGAACGUCUUCAACCCCACCAUCUCCAGACUGGCAGCUAGUCGCGUGAGUGCUGGGAAGAAAGUCAUGACUGUCGAUAUGCGCUCCUAUGUUAAUACGACGGAGCUGAAGGAUGGGCUGCAUCCGACAGAUUGUGGGUAUAAUCAGAUGGCGAUUGGGUGGCAAGAUGCGAUUCGGCAGGCUAUUUCUAUGGGGUGGAUUACUCCUCCGGUGGCUGUGAAUGGUCUUUCGAGUUGAGACUUGAGCGUGUCUUUGUCUUAAUAUUGGUUAUAUUGGUUGCCGUGCCACUGGGAUGUGGGAUCCAUAGUUGAAGUGGCACAGCAAGCCUUUUGUAAUCUUACCAUCACAAGUUCACAACACUUCAAUGUAUCAGAACGAGCUGGAACGAAAUUAGCAGGUUUCAACGGAGUGAGGUUGGAGAAGUAUUUAUUCACAAAUUUAUUAAGAAGCAAUGUU